GCCGCCUGAUCUGCUGAAAUUUUCCAGCAUAUUUAAAAAAUGUUAUUGAAAAAAUUUGGAGUCGCAUCAGAAAUCAGCCUUUAUCACAAACUCUUCGACUAAAUACCUUUUCAUCUGUCUGCCCAUAUUUCUACAUCUGGCUUGGAAGAGUAGCAAGCAUUUAUUGUUGAACUUCAAUGAAGGAAUAUGUUCCAUGGUGUAAUGACUUUCUCUGCAAUGCUUUUGACUUGAGCUUGAACAUUGUUUUUCUCAACAGGCGCCAUCGCUGUCCACACCUUCCUUCUACAAUCUAUGAAAAGAUUAAUAAACCAUGCUUAAUUUCUGAAUAUGUGGAGAAAUUUGCUCCAUAUGGAAUUGUUGAGCCAAGGGAAUCCUACAGGCCACGAGAAGAUUAUCAGCGUCACCCAGGCAAGAUGCCAUCCAUGACCACAUUCAGGGCAGAUUAUGUUCCUCAUGAUAUAUCACCUAGACCCAGCAUGGUAACUGAAGAGGCCAGGCAUCCCCUUGGAGUUAUGAACUUGGACACCACUUACAGACGGAAUUUUAACCUUCACCCACUCCAGCCAGUGGCCUCAGCCCAGCCAGCAGACCAGAGCCACCUCCCCAGAGCAAAGAUGCUGACAAUUCCUACGUACAAAGAUCAUUACAAACACUGGGAACUUUCAAAAAGAGAAACAAUGAAACCAGAACAUACUUUCAAAGCACCAGCCAUUAAAUUUGGAAAUCCAACCACUUUUGAGGAUGACUAUUCAUACAAGAUUCCAGUUCCCAACCAGAGUUUUAGACCUCCAAAUGCAGCAAGGCUGUUAGAUAUGCCCUUCGAUGACAAGACCAAUUAUCGCCAGGAAUAUGUACUUUACAAACAGGAGCCCCCUAAAAGACGUGAACCAGAACAAUACAAGCCAAACGAUAUGCUUUUUGAUGGUCUUACUGUGCACAGGAGAGAUUUCAAGGGUCAGCCUGGAGAGCUCACAAAGCCGUUUCGGCCACCUUAUACCAAACUCAACUCCAAUCAGCAGUUCUACGACUUAACUGAAUCCCGUGACAAGUACAGAGGCUGGACUAUAGAUCAACCUCAGGUUCACAAAGCUCUGGAGCCCAUGGUUCGAGAGGGGAAAAUGCAUCUCAGCACAACCACUCAAACUGACUUUGUUGGGCAUAAAAUCCAACCUUGUGCUCCUAUCCGCCCCUUACUUGCGAUGAGUGGGCACAAUAUUCCCUUUGAAGGGCAGUCGACCAUGAAGGCAGACUUCAAGUACUGGGACUCUACACGGGAACCUCUCAUCAAGCCGCGUCAGGAACUGGAGAAAGCUGUUGGCCGUAUGGAUGAUAUGACAACAUUCAGGGCUCAUUAUGUACCACACCAGAUUAACCUCAUGCACUCCUACAAGCCCCGCAAUUCUUACAUUCCCAGCGCAAUAGCAUUAGAUAACGAAACCACGUAUCAAACCAGUUACACGUCGAAGUGUGUGGAUGUGUGUCCUGCCUCGUUCACUGUACCCCCUGGUUAUGAAUAUGUGGAAACCGAUGCCCUUGGUCAUAAGCUAUAUCAACCAGUAAAUGACGGGGAGAAUGUUAACCCCACAUUGAUUUCAAAAAUACCAAGCCCUCAAAGGACUGUCAAUGAUUUGAAAGUAAGUUUCCCAAAUGAUGCAAUCAUUGCAGCUUAAUGGAAAAGCAAAUCAUUAUCUCUAAAUAUAUAUAUAUAUAUAUAUUUGAGAAGCAUUAAUUAACGCUGGUUGCAGAUGUGCUUCCUUUUGAUUUAUUUCGAUGGAGUACGAAAUAGUAAACUCCUCAUUUUGAAGAAAAAAUACCCCACUGAUUGGUUUAGAAACGGUGAAUUGUACCUUCUCUUUGUACUUUUUUGUACCUUCUCUACUGGAUGGAUAUGUUCUGGUCACUGUGGCUCAGGUUGGUAGCUUGGUAAAAUAAACCUCAAAUCAACGCCUUUAAUUGUAUAAUUCCUUGGAAUGAAGAGAGGUGGGCAAAGGCUGGCCAAUGUUCACAGGAGACUAGAAGAUUGAGUGAUGAUCUCAUUGAGAUGUAUGUUUCUAAUUGACAUGUUUGCUUCUAGGGGGGGGGUGAUCUCUCCUGUUGGAAAAUCUAGAGUUUGGAGUCAUUAUUUCAGGAAGAAGAAUGAAUUGUGGAGAUUUCACAUUGCGAUAAUUACCUCAUGAGCUGAGUCACUCACUGGAACAUUUCAAAGUGCAGUUAAAAGUUAACGAUACUCUUCUAGCCUCAAUGGACUUUAGCUUAUUUAAUUGAAUUACAGAACCAAGCAAUGCCCUCACUCCGCCAGCUUUGUGCCCCCAUCAGCUGUUGUACCAACCCUACUAGUCCCAUUUUAUUCUCCCCACAUUUCCAUGAACUUCCCCAGAUUUAACAUUCUGGCACCCAAAAGCAUUCCUGCUGCUAUCACCCUGUGUGAGAUGGAUAGCUCCCAACCCUAUUCCCCUAACAUUGACAUCUACCCCAUUCCCCUAACAUUUGACCACCUUGACCUCACAUUCUGAAAUCCUCUCGCUGGACAUCUUUAUGUCUUUCUUCCUUUAACCCCCUCCAGGAAACCUACAAGUUAACAAGUUGCCCCCAAAGCCACUUUUAAAUCUCGCCCCUCUCGCCUUCAGCAUUAGUUCUUUAGAUUUAGACUUCCCCACCCUAGGAAAAAGACUGUGAAUAUUCACCUUAUCUACUACUCUCAUGAUUGUAGAUACCUCUAUACUCUAACUGGUGAGACACCUUUCCCCACGCUCAAAGCUAUCCUGUUCAACAGUAACAAAACCUUUCUAUUCUUAAACACCAAUCCCUUCACAAUAAAGGCCAACAUGCUGUUUCCCUUCUCAACUACUCGUUGGACCAGAACAUGGUUAAGACCUGAAACUUCAUCUGUCUAUUUUCCUCCGCAGAUGCUGCCUAGUGGCAGAGUUCCCCAGCUGUCUGUUUUGUAGCUACUUGUUGGAGCUGCUUGCUUAUUUGUGUUGCAUGCACAGAGAGCCCCUUGAAACUCACUUAUUUGCUGUCUCUCUCCUUCAGGGAAUAAUCCAUCCUUUGAUCCCUUACUGAAAGUUCAUGAUUUCACACUUCCUUGCAGUAAACUUCAUUUGCCACAUUUUUGCCCAAUUGCUCCAUCUAUUGAUCCCUUAACAGAAUCAGAAAGAAAAUAGUAACCAAUUGAGUCCCAAGAUCCGAUCUCUUGGAUAUUUCAGUAGCUACAUCUUUCCAGCCUGAAAAGGGUCAAUUUAUUCCCGCUCAUUGUUUCCCCCAACUCCGCGUCUGAAUCAAUAGUUACUAUGGCAGCCGUAUUCAUCGUCUGAAACUGCUGUGUGAAUACAUCAGUCCGAAGAA